UUAUGGCGGGUUAUUCUUUACUCCUUAACUUGAAAACCGCAAUGCCACCGUUGACUGCGGUUGCGAGCUCGGUUAAGGAUAGAGAAUGUACUGCUGGUAGUUAUAAGGUUUCGAAUCCUAGGGUGUUGUUUUUGGGUGGUACUGAUAGUGUUGGCGGUUCUACCGCCCUUGCUCUUUCUAAGCUUUCUCCUCAACUUCGUAUUGUUGUUGGUGGUCAAAAUCGGGAGAAAGGAGCAGCAAUGGUGAGAAAUCUUGGGGUGGAGUUUGUUGAGGUUGAUAUAGAUAAUGCAGAAAUAUUAGAGGAUGCUUUACAAGAAGUAGAUCUUGUAGUUCACACUGCAGGGCCUUUCCAGCAGACAGAAAAAUGCUCAGUACUCGAAGCUGCUAUUCGUGCAAAGACAGCAUAUAUUGAUGUUUGUGAUGAUACAAAUUAUGCAUCUCGUGCCAAAUCGUUUUGUAAAGAUGCUAUUGCUGCAAAUGUUCCUGCUAUCACAACUGCCGGGAUUUGCCCUGGUGUUAGCAAUGUGAUGGCUGCAGAACUUGUUCGUGCUGCAAGAGAUGAAGGCAGGGGUGAACCUGAAAAGCUUAGAUUCUCUUACUACACAUCCGGUACUGGAGGUGCUGGUCCAACAGUAUUGUCGACAAGCUUUUUACUUCUAGGAGAAGAGGUUAUUGCCUACAACAAAGGUGAAAAGGUCAAACUAAAGCCUUAUAGUGGGAUGCUUAAUGUCGAUUUUGGAAAAGGAAUUAAUAAAAGGGAUGUAUAUUUGCUACAUCUGCCAGAAGUAAGAAGUGCUCAUGAAGUUCUGGGAAUACCAACUGUCUGUGCUAGAUUAGGGACUGCACCCUUCUUUUGGAACUGGGGAAUGUCCGUGAUGACAGAUCUUCUACCACUGGAUUAUUUAAGGGACAGAACAAAGAUUGAGAAAUUGGUUGAGUUGUGUAAUCCUACAGUUCGCGCAGUUGAUGGUAUUGUGGGGGAGCAUAUCUCAAUGAGGGUUGAUUUGGAAUGUUCGAAUGGGUACAGUACAGUCGGAUUAUUUACUCAUGAGAGAUUGUGUGUAUCGGUUGGAAAAUCUGUUGCUGCAUUUGUCUUAGCAGUCUUAGAAGGUAAUACACAACCUGGGGUGUGGUUUCCAGAAGAGCCUGAAGGAAUUGCAGUAGAGGCAAGAAAUGUUUUAUUGGAGCGCGCUGCUCAAGGAACGAUCAAUUUUAUGAUGAACAAGCCUCCUUGGAUGGUGGAGAGUCAAACCCAACAUAGCCUGGCCUAGGCAUAUACGUCUGAGGACGGUUGAAUUCAACUUGACUGACUAAUUUGAGCAAGCAAUUAAUAUAAGAAUAAAGUGUCACUGUCAUAAAUACUUUCUCCGUCUUUUUUUUUUCUAAGAAAUUGAGUACGGAAAAGGUGUUUAAAUGGAAUGAACAACUUAGCUUAGACUUUGAACUUAAACUUUCAUUACCAAAUAUAUAAAAUCAUCUACUAGUAAUUGAUUGCUUUAGCAAAUGACAAUUGACAAUUAAUUACAUUAAUAUUUGACAAAGCAAGUAUAUUAUCCAAAUAGAAAGAGUGUUUGGCCGCUGAAACAAGGAGAAGGCAAGUGACAAAAGGUUAAGGCUAAACUAAAGGUCAUGAAGGUCAAUUCACAUGGGCCCAUUGCAUAUGGCACUAUAUAGAUGAUUGACUACUACAUUUGCAAAUAAUCCUACUAAUCAAUCAUAUUGCUCCAUAAACAGCAAAUUGGAGAGCCUCUCAAAAGAAGCAUAUUUCCUUGUUUUUCUCUUUUUUAUUUUUCAUUGUUUGAAUAUCUAUCUUCAAAAAAGCUUAUAAUUCACAACCUCUAUACAUAUCUUAAUUGCUUUUUUUUUUGGUGCAAAUAUCUUAAUUGCUUAUAAGUAUAUACAAAUACUUA